GCGAGGACCCCUGCCCACAUCUUCUUUCCUUUCCCAAGUGCGGCACUCGCGGAGGCGUGGAAGGAGACUGAUUCAGCCUUCCCGGGAGCAGAACUCUGGAAGGGAAAGGCUGCUGGGCUCGCCAGCUAUCUGCAUGACAAUCAUGAAGACCUUCAUCCAAUGAUCCGAUUUCUUGGCUCUUCAUCGCGAGAGUGGUGACUCUGGCAAGGAAGCUGGAGAACACCAAAUUCCUUGCAUUCUCGAAGGAGACAAAAUUUCUGCUUAACCAAAAAAAGUGUCCCUCUGUAAUCAGGAAAAGAAAAAAAAAUGGUUGGUGAAUCUAGCAGAUGUCGUAACCUGGAGAGUAUGCUGCAAGACAUACAAGCAAAACCAUGCAAUCUAUCAUUAGAACUUUUAUCAGAUAUCACAGACAACUUCUCAGAUAAGCGAGAGAUUGGCAGAGGUGGUUUUGGAGUGGUUUAUAAGGGAGUGCUCGAAAAUGGGGAUGUAGUUGCUGUGAGGAAGCUUGUGUCCAUGCCAGGAGUUAAUGAUGUACAAUUUGAAAAUGAGGUUUAUCAUCUCAUGAUGCUUAAGCACAAAAAUAUAGUUCGCUUUCUAGGAUACUGCUUUGAAACACGACAUGUAUGCAUAAUACAUAAAGGGAGAUAUUGUUUUGCGGAGAUGCCAGAAAAGUUGCUUUGCUUGGAAUAUCUGCCAAAUGGAAGCCUUGACAGACAUAUUUCAGAUGAAUCUUGUGGACUUGAUUGGCGCAAGCGUUACGAAAUAAUUAGGGGGAUCUGUUCUGGUUUACAUUACCUUCAUGAGGAAAGCCAAACAAAUACUCCGAUAAUACACUUGGAUCUAAAGCCUGGCAAUAUAUUGCUAACAAAUGAGAUGGUGCCGAAAAUUGUGGAUUUUGGUCUCUCCAGACUCUUUGGUGAACAACAAUCUCGAAUUUAUGCUACGAAUAUAGGUGGAUCGUUUGGUUACAUGGCACCAGAAUACUUGCACAAAAGAAUAAUAACAAAGAAGUCAGACAUAUUCAGCUUGGGAGUUAUAGUCAUAGAAAUAAUCACCGGGCGCAGAGACCGCCCCGAUAGUACUGGGAUGUCUAUGCCGGACUUCAUUGAGAAUGUGCUUGAAAAGUGGAGGAAUCGCUUGGAAGACUCGAGGUGCACAUCACUGGAAAAGGGUUGCCAGCAAAUAAGAAGAUGCAUUGAAAUGGGUCUAAACUGUGUGCAAUUUGAUGAGACGAAAAGACCCACAGCAAAAGAAAUUAUCAAUAGUCUUAAAAGGCAGGAUGAUGCGAAUUUACAUGUUAUCAAUGAGGAAAAGUUACCGGCAGACCAGGCACUUCAAAAUUAUUCAAGCAAGUCAAAGCCAGGUAUAUAUCCACUUACCGUGCGUCAAUUAGAUCAAUUGACCCUGAAUGCUGAGUCUCCUAGACAAAAUGCUCCUGUUGAUAAUGUUCCAUGGAACAGUCUUCCAGUGAAGGAACCACCUCCACAUAUAUUACCAUCAAAUGGAUACAGGACUUGUGCUGAAUGCCAAGACUUAAUUCGCCAUGAGAGUUUUGUCCAGUGUAUAGAUUCAUCAGUUUGGCAUUCUGAGUGCUUCAGGUGUUUUGCUUGCAACAAGACCAGAUCUGAUAAUGAGUUUACUAUGCACGAAGAUCAGCCUUACCACAAAUCUUGCUACAAAGAGUUUUUUCAUCCAAAAUGCAAUUUCUGCUACAACUUUAUUCCAACACCGAACAAAGCAACUAAUCAAUGUGGUGAAGAAGCUGUUCACAUGGUAAAUCGAGCCAUUCCUGACUACCUGGAGCAAAGGACAGUCCAGAAGCUUUUGUUGGUUGGGUCAGGGGCAAGCACCAUACUCAAACAGGCCAAGUUCUUGUACAAGAACAAACCAUUUUCGGUAGAUGAGCGUGAAGAUCUGAAACUUAUCAUACAAAGAAAUAUAUACAACUACCUUGGUAUAUUACUUGAAGGCCGUGAGUGGUUUGAAGAUGAAGCUUUAGUUGAUAGAAGAAACAGUCAGCAUGACCCUUCUAGCUCUGGCCGUUGUGAAUCUGGGUUCUCUGAUGAAGUUACUGAAUACUCCCUUAUUCCGCGCUUGGAAGCAUUCUCUGAUUGGAUUCUAAAGGCAAUGGCUUUAGGUAACCUUGAAGACAUUUUCCCUGCUGCUAGUCGUGGAUAUGCACCGGUUGUUGAUGAACUAUGGAAAGAUCAUGCUAUUCAAGCUACAUAUAAACGAAGAAGUGAACUGCCAUUCCUUCCACCUGCUGCCAAUUAUUUUCUUGACAAGGCUGUUGAUAUUUCUCGAACUGAAUAUGAGCUCUCUGAUAUGGAUAUACUGUAUGCUGAUGGAAUUACAUCCUCGGAUGGGCUAGCAUCCACAGAAUUCUCUUUCCCACAGAUGCCUUUGGGUGGACAGGGUGCUGAUGAGCCUGAUCCACAAGACACCUUGCUAAGGUACCAGCUGAUCAGAAUAAACAACAGAGGUUUGCAUGAGAACUGCAAAUGGCUGCAAAUGUUUGAUGAUGUGAGGCUUGUUAUCUUCUGUGUUGCUGCUAGCGACUACGAUGAGUACUACGAGGAUGCAAAUGGCACGAUUGUCAACAAGAUGAUAGAGAGCAGGGAGCUGUUUGAGAGCAUCGCCCUUCAUUCAACAUUUGAGCAGAUGGAUUUCCUCCUACUCCUCACCAAGUUUGAUCUCCUAGAGCAGAAGAUUAACAGCUCCCCUCUAACCUCAUGCGACUGGUUCGACGACUUCACUCCCCUGAUCAGCCGCAACCUGCUCAAUGGCAGCAGCAGGAGCACCCGGAGCAGCCAGACCGGCGCGACGCUGGCCCAGAUGGCCGCGCAGCACAUGGCGACAAAGUUCAAGAGGCUGUUCAGCUCCCUCACGGGGCGGAAGCUCUACGUGUCGUACGUGAACGCGCUGGACCAGGAGUCGGUCCGGUCCGCGAUCUGCUACAGCCGGGAGAUCAUCAAGUGGGAGGAAGAGAAGCCCGUGUUCGGCGCCAGCGAGACGGUCUACAGCGAGGAGCCGAGCACCUUCACCCACUGACCUGAUCCCCCCACCUUUGCUGCGUGCGGAGAAGAGGUGUAAAUAUCUGUGCAUUUCGCCAUUGCUUAGAGUUGUACCCCCCCCCCCCCCACUCUCCCCCCUCCAUCCCCCACAUUCCUUUUGUUCGUAGCUGAUCAUCGGCUUGUAGUAUGGCUGCUAGUAGUUUUGCAAGUAGAAUGAUGAGGUGCGAGAAGACCGGCCCAUUCUGAUUCUUGUAAAUUGUAUUAUGAGUUGCUUGCGUUUGAUUUGA